GGGACAGAGCUGGUUUUUAAAAGCUGCGGCUCAACAACAUGUAGGGAUAAAAGGCCAGAAACGCGAGUGCCGUCAAAUGCGGAUUACAUUUCAUCUGAUUUGAGCGCUCUGGACCUAAGGAGUUCGUCAAAACUCGAGAGUAUUCGGAAGAAUAGAGAUCAAAUACUGUUCCUCCUGUCAUCUCUAAAGUUAAGGAGCGAAUACAAGGAUAGUGUUGUUUGAGUGAUUUUUACUAAGCGAAACCAGUCGGGAGGUCCGAAUUUGAGGUUCAUCAUCAGCAGACAAGAUGCAUCGUUGUACAACAGCAGCGUUGCUUUUGUUAAUUAUUGCUUUAUAUUCCCUCCAAGCAGAAGCCUACAAGUGCAGGUGCACAAGAAAAGGGCCAAAGAUUCGCUACAAGGAUGUGCAAAAGCUGGAGAUUAAACCCAAACAUCCUUUCUGCCAAGAGAAGAUGAUAUUUGUCACCAUGGAGAAUGUGUCGCGCUUCAAGGGGCAGGAGUACUGUCUGCACCCCAAACUGCAGAGCACCAAAAACCUGGUCAAGUGGUUCCGGAUCUGGAAGGAUAAGCAUAGGGUGUAUGAAGCUUAACAUAUAGAUUAUGUAUACAAAGGGAACAAGUGAAAAAAAAAACAUUAAGACUGUUUUUGUGAAGAACAAGACAUUAUCUCCCAGCAAUCAGUACUUGGUCUUGGAGUGAGAUUUAUCAAGCAGUGAUGUCUAGUUUUCUGGUGCCGUUUAAGUUGGCCAUCAGGCUAAUUAUUGUUAGUCACUUAAGUCAUUUCAACUGUAAUAAUGGUCAUAUUUCUCCAAUGCCAACGUUCAAGGCUGUGAAAGAUGAUACAGGAGGAAAUGCUGUGAAAGAGGUCCUUCAUGAAUCUGGCCCAAGGUGUUUUUCUUUCGAAUAGGAGAUGUUUUGUAUGCCCUUGAAUCAUUUGUUUAUUCUGGUGACUACAGUAUGUGGAUGUCUUGUAAGAUGAAAGGAACAUAGGGUUCUUGUUAUUGUACCAACUGGGAGUAAUCCUGCUGUAUCUUGCUGUGCACUCCAGAAGUGUCAAACAUAGCACACUGUAUCUAGCGAAUGUGAUGAAGAUAAUUAUUUAAAAACAACUCUGUAUAUCAUUCAUUUUGUACAUUUGAGUCCAUUCAAAGAGAAUAGUGUACAAGAGAAAGAAACACAUUCAGAUGACUAGGUCAAUGUCAUUUUAGAUGUCCUUGGUGCCAUCCCCUUUCCAUUAUGCAAUAAAUCAGUUGUAGGUUAUUAUAAGGGGUAUGUAAAGUCAGCCUGUUAAUUUAGAUCUUGUAAGACAUAUAUUUUCUGUACUUGGUAGGAACUAUUGUAAACAGCUAUUGUAUAAUAAAUUGUCCAUUUGUCGUAUUUUGUAUCAUUUUCCUGAUGUCUUCAGUGUUCUUAUGCUGUAUUUUACAAAGACUGGAGUUCAUCAAUAUGUUCCAUUGUAGAAGAAACUCUUCAUCCUUACCUAUGGAAAAGUAAUCUUAUCAAGAUAUAUCUAAUUGUACAUCAUAAGAAUCAAGACAUUGAAUCAUGAAAUUGUUACUUAACAAGUGGUUGAUUAUAAAGCAUUUUCGUGAUAUUAUCCAACACCUUUCUGAAUGAUAACCUUCAAGAAGGUGUGAUUAUUUUGUAAGCCAUUGAUAUACGUUGUUACAAUAGCGGUUACAUUUUUAUUUCACCAAACAGAAUGCUCAAUAUACAUUUUCUUCAAAGAAGGUGCAUCCUCAUUUUAUAUAUACAUAUAUCAACAACCAUUUUGUAAAUAGACCAAUAGCCUAUGUUAGUGAGAAUGAAUUCAUCUCAGACGUUCUAGUGUAAUGUAUUGUAUUAUUGAGUUAUUGUUGUUUUGCUAUUUAAAUGUUCAUUCGGUAAGAGAAUUUUGGAGUAUCUGUUUGAACUGACCCACCAAGCACACAUUAAAAACAUUCUAAGGAGUGUAUGUCAACAAGCACAGCUAUAUAAAACAUUUAAAAAGCA